UCCUCCGCUGGAGGAGAUCAUGUGCUCGAAGGCAGCGAAAUGCCGAGGCUGACGUGCAAUGCGGGGAAGGGGAGAGGAAUGGGGAGGAGAUUUUCGGGAGGGGAGGGGUUAGGCUUUGGAGGAUCUUGCACGGCAAAGAUGCCCGAGAGAUUUUGGUGGCUGCUCAGCAUUUCAAUUUCUCUGCCAUGGUUUGUUGAGCGAGUGCGAGGGGAUAUGAUCUGAGGAUGGCCUCCUUUUAGAGUUCCCAAGUCACUGUAGAUUCUAGCUUUCUCCAUGUCGUCUCCAAUGAUGGACUCAAGGGGGGGAUUGUCGAUAUGUCUGUACUUCACUAAAGAUUCAAGUUUUCCCAAUAAGGAACAGACAUGAGGGAGCCAUUUACUUUAUCACUCUCAGAAGAAGUUAUACCAACGAAAUCUCGAACAACCAAGUCUCUGGGCCAUUUUGAAUCUUUCAAAGUGCAUCAGAAAAUUAAUUUCAAGGUGGAUAAGCAUGCAGUAGGGGCAAGAGCAGUCUCUCAAUUUCCAGCUUUGGCAAGACCAAUGGACAACACUCCAGGAUCACAGUCUAAUUUGAAUGCACAACCAGCAUCAUAUGCAGCACCUGACCGUCAUUGCAUUAAUGUGAUGGGAGCCAACCAUGAGAACAGUCUUUUCUCCAGCUCGUUCUCUGAGCUAUUUAGCCGGAAGAUAAUGUUGUCAUCCCACAAUGCACCAUAUGGCCAUUCUGUUGGCACUAUAGCCUCCCACUAUGAGGAAGAGGAGCCAUUUGUUUCUACUGAUGAAGUUGAAGCCCAGACGAUUGGAAAUCUUCUUCCUGAUGACGAUGAGUUGCUUUCUGGAGUAACUGAUGGGCUGGAUUUUGUUCCACCGCCUUCUAGUGAGGAUGUUGAGGAGUUGGAUUUUUUUAGUAAUGUUGGGGGAAUGGAUUUAGAAGACGAGGCUUCCUCUGUUGGACAAAAAUAUUUUGAAUAUCCAGGUGGAAUUUCUCAUGUCCAAUCAGGAGGUAAUGGCUUGGUAGCUGGUGAGCACCCUCAUGGUGAACAUCCUUCGAGAACCUUGUUUGUGAGAAACAUAAGUAGUAAUGUUGAAGAUUCUGAGCUCCAAUCUAUUUUCAAGUCAUAUGGAGAUAUCCGCACCCUUUAUACAGCAUGCAAGCAUCGUGGUUUUGUAAUAAUAUCAUAUUAUGAUAUUAGAGCGGCCCAUAAAGCAAUGCAGGCGCUCCAAGGCAAAGCACUGAGGCGUAGGAAACUUGACAUACAUUAUUCAGUUCCAAAGGAAAACGCUUCGGAGGAAGAUGUCAAUCAGGGCGCAGUUGUGGUAUCGAAUCUUGAUUCUUCUGUUUCAAACAAAGAACUUUGCCAUAUUUUUGGCAGCUAUGGAGAAAUCAAAGAGAUCCGUCAAGCCCAGCAUGGUGGCCAUAACAAAUAUAUUGAAUAUUAUGAUAUUAGAGCGGCAGAGGCAGCUCAUCGUGCCUUGAAUAAGAGUGAGAUUUCCGGAAAGAGGAUUACAGUCGAGACAAGUGGUCCUGGAGAAACGAAAGGUUUGGUCCAACCCCUUCUGAAGGUGGAGCACAAUGAAUAUGACCUCUUUCUUCAGCAGAAUACUCCUCAAAAUCACUCAACUGCUACACUUUCUGGACCUAUUCCAGUGGGGGCACUAAUAUCCAAUGGCAUGGGUAAUGGAGCUGUUUUCGGUAUGCACCCCGUAAUACGGGGCCCACUUCUUGAAAGCACUUUUCACCAUGGUAUUUCUUCUAGUGUUCCAAGUAGCUUGCCCUCUCUGGUGGGAGUUGGAUCAGUUGGCAAACAAUCUAUUCAAUCGCAAGGACAAUUGAAUCUCGAUAUGCGGGCAUCCCCAAAUAUUCAUCCCCAUUCACUUCCAGACUGUCAAGAUGGAUAUAGUGCAGCUCAUUUAGUGCCUCCUACUACUGUCGGUACAAGUGCCAAUUCCAGACCACCAGAAGCAAUCGAUAGCUGGCAAUUAUGCAGGGUUGGAUCCAAUGGACACUCUUUGGACAGCAAUCAAGGUGGUGUUUUUGGGUCUGCUGGUAAUGGAAGCAGCCCUAUCCCUGGGCGUCAUUACACAUGGGGCAACUCCUAUCACCAUCAACCUCCAGGCAUGGGGUGGCCAAACUCGCCAUCAUUUGCUAAUGGAUUAUGUGCUGCCCGUCCUGUGCCAAGGCUGCAUGGUUUUCCCAGGGGACCGUCUCAGAUGCUAAAUGCAGGCAUGCCACGAAAUAUUCACCAUGUUGGAUCAGCACCAGCUGUCAAUUUAACCAUUUGGGAGAGGCAACAAGCCUAUGCUGGGGAAUCUCCUGAGGCUUCUAGUUUUCAUCCGGGAUCUUUGGGGAAUGCAAGAAUGUCUGAUAACUCGCUCACUUCAGUGGAUUUUGUUCCCAAUAAUGUCUUUCCGCCCAGUGGCAACUGCAUGGACCUGCCAAUUCCCCCUAAAAUCAUUGGAUUCCAAUCCCCUCAACAGAGGUGCAUGCUAUUUCCAGGCAGAAGUCAAAUGAUGCCAGUAUUAAAUUCAUUUGAUUUUCCAAAUGAACGGGUUAGAAGCCGUAGAAAUGAAGCUGCUUCUAGUCAAGCUGACAACAAAAGGCAAUUUGAACUUGACAUUGACCGCAUAAUUCGAGGGGAAGACAGCAGGACAACCCUUAUGAUCAAGAAUAUCCCUAACAAGUAUACCUCAAAGAUGCUUUUGGCUGCAAUUGACGAGCGCCUCCGAGGAACUUAUGAUUUCCUUUAUCUACCAAUUGACUUCAAGAACAAGUGCAAUGUGGGAUAUGCUUUUAUCAAUAUGACUGAGCCAGGUCAAAUCGUCACCUUUUAUAAGGCAUUUAACGGGAAAAAAUGGGAAAAGUUCAACAGCGAGAAGGUUGCUUCUCUUGCAUAUGCUCGUAUACAAGGCAAAGCUGCUCUCAUUGCACAUUUCCAAAAUUCAAGCUUGAUGAAUGAGGAUAAACGCUGCCGGCCUAUCCUCUUCAACACUGAAGGGCCCAAUGCUGGUGAUCAGGUUCCCUUUCCGGUGGGUUCUAAUGUCCGUACUAGACCUGGUAGAGCUCGAAGCAGCACUCUUGAGGAGAACCAUCAGGGAAGUCCACCCACAUCGGCGAAUGGAGUGGACUUUUGUAACGGGGACUUGCCUAUAAGUUCCGGAAAAGAUUCUGAUUAAGCAAAGCCAGUUAUCUUUUCAAGGUGCUAACCUCAUAACUGAGUAAGUUAAGGUCACUUCCACCCCGCAACUUUUUACGUGCUGGGGUCAGAUGGAGAAAGAGAAGAAGAAGAAUUGAAAUGUUUAAAAAUAUAUCCGUUCAUUUUAGAAGCCUUGGGAAUUUAGAGAAGAAAGCCAGACAACAUGAGGUGCUUUUUGACUUUUCUUCGGCAUAAUUAGUAACUACAAUGCUCUUGGAGAGCGGGAGAAACAGCAGGUUUGUGGAGCUUCCUAGUUUUGGUGAUGGUCAAUUUUCUUGUGUACAGGAGUUGCCUGAGCAAUGGCGAAAAUUUUGAGGCAGUUUAAGGAGGCUUCUGUGUUCUAACGACACAUCCCCUCCCUUCUUGGAAUUUUUCUUUUUCCUUUAGUUUCAGUCGCACUUGCCUUGUGGCGCUAGAGAAACAUGUAAUUCCUGAGAGAUAAGAGGGUCCCUGAUGGCCCCGUAAAAAAUUUUGAUUUGACUGACCUAAUGAUGGGUGGUCUGCAAUCUGCAUGACCGCAGAGAGAUGUUUGGAUCUGCUUCCGCAAGCUAUGACUACUUUGUGUGGGAGUUCAUCUUGUUAUCUAUCUUCACUUUUGUGGGUGU